ACCUCUUACACCGUCACAAACCUCUUCAGUUCUUCGAUCUCAAAAGUUGCAGACGUCUUCCACCGGCACGAAAUCUAAAGACCUUACCUCUUAAUCAAACAUUCUUUGGGCUUGAUUUUCACCCAAUUCAAUACCUCCUGUUCAAAACGUCUUCAAUCUUCAGCGAAUCACAAGAUCAUGAUCCUGAGGGUUUCAAAAUUGCAAAAGGCCUAACAAUUGAAGGGGUAAAUUACAAAUCUGGAAAAGGCUUGUCGUAUGAGUCUGAAUCGCUAUGGAAAAUCAUACAGGAGCUGCUCCUACUUAAGAAGAUGAGAAGAAAAUUGCCCCUUUCUGACUUUCCUUUUUCUUCAAGAAUCUUGUACUUUGCUUUCUUUUGUUAUAGCUUGUGGAGAGUGCGUUAAUAUGAAAGUGGACAGAGGAUCAACGUCAGCGCUUGUUUCUCGGCUUCCACUAGGUCAAUCAAAUGUGUUUGAUAAUGGGUCAUCCAGAGAUAAUUCUGAUGAUUCAAUGUUCGAUAUUGAGAACCCUAAAAGGUCUGAGCUAUCAAUUCAACAUCCAAGAUCAAAUGUGCAUCAAGAAAAUGACUCUCAUGGGCUUUUAAUCGAGCAACCCUUCAAGCCUAUUCUUUAUUUGGAAAAAGAUGUGCCAAACCUUGACCACGAAGAAUAUCCAUUUCCAGCAAAGGGCUUGAGCAUGACUUAGGACAGGUUAUACACCUAAUUUAUUUAUUUAUUUAUUUUGUUUAUACUCAUGUCAAAUACUUGUAAUUUUUUUUUUAAUACAGAAAAUUAAAAAAUUACCAGGUUAAGAGAUCAGGUUUUUUGUUUCAGGGUUAGAAACUUCCUGAUAUGAUGUUUACUACAAGGUGCAGCAUAUCUAAUGCAUGCACUUCUAUAGCUAAACAACUUGAGAAUGUUUACUCAUCGGUUUCGGUAAGUUUAUUUCCUCAUAACUAGUCCGUCCUUAAUUAUCAUGUUAAGGUUAAUACUUAAUAAAGCAGUUCUAGUAAAUGAUGAAAUUAUUUAUGCAACAACACCACCUCGAUAUUCACAUGUCAUAAGGAAAAUGAUGUUUGUUGAUAGUUAGUGUUUUAUGUUAUGUGUUGCUCUGAUGUACUGGAGAUAGGUAGCUCAGCUCAGUUUAUCCUUUGUGAUAUGAUUCCGGUCCAGAAUAUAGUAGGUCCUCCGCUAAGCAUGGGAAGCACCUUUGGUUUGGAAGAGAAAUUGGAUACAAUUCAGAAGCUACUUGAGCAACAACAGCAACUGCAGCAACAACAUUUUCAUGACUGCAUUUAGUUUAAAAUGAUGUUUUAAUUUUUGAGGAUGUUUGAAACCAUUUGAUGUUAAAGCAGUUAGUAGAUACUUUUUAGUUCUUGUUUACAAAAUUAGAGAAUUUGUAACUUCUUUGUGAGAUUAAGAGCUCGUUUGUUGGCACUGUAUUGUGGUGAUAAUAUAUUUUUUUCUUUCUAGAA